CUAGCACGUUCAGCCUGUGUGACAUUCAGCCCCUCUCUUCUAAUGCCUGGGUCAAGUCUAUGAGAACUAAACAUGAAUAUUGUCCGAUCGUCUGUUUCUAGGCUGUGCGGGGUCGCCAGACUGCAAAGUCUCUCCAUGGCUAACCCAACCAUUUUUGGACACACUCACCUCCGCCUCUUCAGCAGCUUUUUCCUGCCAAGAGCCACACCAGGAUUCUCCAGCCCUGGUUCUCUAUCUGCACAGGCCGAAGGGUCCGGAGUCUUCAGACAGCUCCCCUGGCAAAUCCAACAAGUCCGUACGCGCAAGAGGGGCACAGAGUAUCAACCCAAGAACUUAAAACGCAAGAGGACCCACGGCUGGAUCAAAAGAUGCAGUACCCAAGGAGGGAUUGAGGUGUUACUGCGACGUAUGCUUAAGGGGAGGAAGUCUCUGUGUCACUGAAGGGGUCUGCGGGUGGACGUUUGGACAUGAGAGACUUUGGGGACAAAAGGGGUGGUCCCAUACAUCUGUAAAGGACAGUGAUACUAUGGGAUGGGUGUGGUUUUGAAUAAGUGUGAAUAGAAGGCGGGAAAGAUGAUGUUGAAAAGGGGGUUGUGAGUAUCAAUGUUAUUAAUAUGUGAAUAAAUGAGAUGUUUGAAUUGACUUG